AUGAUGCACCUGGCUUUUCUCCUCCUGAUCAUCUGCACAGACGGGUCGUCCUCUCAGAAGGUGUGCAGCAACCAGGAUGUCGUGGAGCACCUGAACCUCACUGGAGACAACAGUGUCUUCAGAAUGACCCGACCCGUCCUGGACCACAAACGCCCCACGGCGGUGCAGCUGGACAUCCUCCUCUUGGCCCUGCUGGCUGUGAUUGAGAAAACUCAAACCUUUGUUCCUUUCGUCUGGGUAAUAAUGAAGUGGCACAACGAACGCAUCUCCUGGGACCCAGCUCAGUUCUGUGGAAUCACUCAUAUUUCCAUCCCCAAGGAGAUGCUGUGGAAACCAGACCUCUGUAUCCUUGAAAUGACGCAGGAGGACGAGUCCCCUCAGAACCCCUACAUGUUCGUGUCCCACGACGGGACGGUCUCCUCCGAAGAGGAGAUGAAGGUGGUCAGCACUUGUGAAAUGGACGUCCACAAGUUCCCCUUCGACACCCAGAGGUGCAACAUCUCCAUCGGCUCCGCGGUGCACUGCGUGGAUGAGAUCCGCGUCUUUCCCUUCUCCAACUCGUCUCGGGCCACCCAGUUUUCCCGAGAGGUGAUAAUGACUCAGGGUGAGUGGGAGUUCCUCCAGCUGACCAUCAGGAGCCAGAACUUCACCACAGACGACAGACUGUGGGAGUUCCUCAUCUACACUUUCACCGUGAAGAGGAGGCCACUCCUCCACGUCACCAACUUCCUGUUGCCCAUCCUGUUCUUCCUGGUUCUGGACCUCGCCUCCUUCUUCAUCCAAGACCGCCGAGGAGAGAAGCUGGGCUUCAAAGUCACCAUCCUGCUGGCCAUCUCCGUGCUGCUGCUGAUCCUCAACGACAUCCUGCCCUCCAUGUCCAACAGGACCCCCCUCAUAGCCACCUACUGCAUCGUGACCUUCGCUCUGAUGCUGCUCAGCCUGCUGGAGACCAUCUUGGUCACAUAUUUCAUGGAGAAAGACAAGCAGAACACCUUUAUCACAGACGAGAAAAGACAAACCUGCAAAGCGUCAGAUGAAGAGAAACCGCGUGAGUCGCUGCCGAUGGGUCACCAGGUUCACAGCAGCGUUCAGGGCCGAGAGGGAGACGCCUUGCUGCUGAUCUUAGAGCAGCUGAAGGAGGUGCAGAACUCUGUGGACCUGCACCUCGUCUGGAGACAGGAAGGAGGGAAGUUCGGCCUCUUGGCCGCACGAAUCGACAGAUCUUUCUUCAUUUUCUACAUCACCACCGUGUCCCUGUUCCUCACCCUCAUCUUCAUCGCAUGGACGACUUGAAAUAAUAAGUCCACACAUGCUGUAUGAAUUGAAUGUAGAAUCUAGAAGUUGUGCCGUGUUCAGUAUCUACAAUAUGUCACUGUGAAUCUAUUUCAUUUAGUUUAUUUAACUAAC